ACUCCGCAGUGGACGUCAGAACCAGAGCGACAGUUAGCUAGUAUGGAUAGUUAGAGGCAUGUACUUGAUUCAAAUAUGGAAAAAAAGAGGUUUAAUAUCAAUCUAGACGACUCUGCCUUCACAAAAGAAAGAGACCCGGUGAAACCCCUGUUCCAGCCCUCCUCUAAGGCAGGCCAGAGUGCAUCAUCAUCAUCAUCAACCACCUCUGAGACCAAAGCUCAGCCUGCACCCCCGUCGUCUGCUGGCCAACCACUAUCCUACGCAGAGUUCAUUGUCCAGAGCAAAGGCCAUGCACCUCAGCGAGUCCCCUCAGCUCCACAGAGAGUGGAGCUGUCCAGGGCUGCUGCAGGAACGGGGACAGGGACAGAUACAGACACUGGUAGUUUAAAGCAGGGUCCCAGUCAAGGAGCACAAGGUGGGCCUGAUGUGACGUCGUCGUCGUCCUCUGUGGGGUGUGAGAGGCCUCGGGCCCAGGGGACAAAGGAUCCGGGGUCUGGUGGACCACCAGGGUUUACACAGGGAGAGGAGGGGCAGAGGGCUGGGACUGAGCGGAAGCAGGGGGAGGGUCAAGGGUCAGAGGGCAGCAACAUCCUAGGUCAUCCUAAACCAGUGGGGUCUGGUAAUAGUAUCAUAGUCAGCCCCAGACAGAGAGGAAACCCCAUUCUGAAAUUUGUGAGGAGUGUGCCUUGGGAGUUUGGAGACGUGGUCCCUGACUAUGUCGUGGGACAGACGACCUGCGCUCUCUUCCUCAGUCUGAGGUACCACAACCUCAACCCCAACUACAUUCACGACCGUCUCAAACUGUUGGGCCAGACCUUCACCCUCAGGGUUCUACUGGUGUUAGUUGAUGUGAAAGACCCUCACCAUUCUCUGAAAGAGCUGGCUCGUAUCUGCAUCAUGGCUGACUGCACUCUCAUCCUGGCCUGGAGUCCAGAGGAGGCGGGGCGUUACCUGGAGACGUACAAGUCCUAUGAGAAGAAACCAGCUGAUCUGCUGAAGGAACAUGUGGAGAAAGACUACCUGUCGAAGGUGACGGACUGUCUGACCACUGUGAAGUCUGUCAACAAGACUGACUCGAUCACUCUGCUGUCAACCUUCUCUUCCUUAGAGGGGAUCAUCACUGCAACUAAAGAGGACCUGGUUCUCUGUCCUGGACUGGGACCCCAGAAGGCCAGACGUCUCUAUGACGUGCUACACCAGCCCUUCCUCAAGGCCAAGAAGAAAGACAGCUGACCCACAGACAGUCCUUACUACUCUACUGUGGACCUUUCUCCUCAGCAGGGAACUGGCUUCCAUAAGGGCUCACUAUCCUAAGGACUGUUUCAACUGUAUUGUUGUUGUUUUUUUGCAUUUGUAUAAAAAUAAAACACGAGAAAAUAGAUCUUGAGUCAAUAAAUGUUAGAAUCACCUUUGGCAGUGAUUACAGCUGUGA